AUGCACUGUUCUAAGCUAGUGGCCCUGGCCGGAUUUGCUUCUGUAGCUCUCGCCCAUCCAGGCCCUCAUCACGGAAUCUCAAAGCGAGAGGUUGAUCGGCGCCACGACUUAUCUACUCGAUGCUCUGAACAUGUUGCUCGAUUUAACGAGAAGCGUUGGAACAGAAGCAUCAACAAGCGAUCCCACGACCACAACACCACCGUUCAGGUUCAGACGGAAGCACCCUACUACGAUGUUAUCCAGAAUGACACCUGCGUGUUGACACCUGAGGUGACUGAGGGCCCUUAUAUUUGGCCGCAAUCCCAGACACUUCGUCAAGAUAUGACCGAAGACCAAAUUGGCGUGCCUUUGUGGUUAGAUGUUGGUGUUCUAGACAUGAAUACCUGUGAGCCAUUGGAAGGGGUUCUAGUCGACUUUUGGCAUUGCAAUGCCACUGGUAGUUACUCCAGCUUCACUGGGCUUUCUCCCAACACGCCUUUCGAGACAUUGCUGAACGAGUUGAACGUCACGGACUUUGACAUUGGCACCACUGAUCUCCACACCGAUGAUACCACAUGGUUGCGUGGAAUGUGGCCGACCGAUCACAAUGGCAUGAUGGAGAUGAAGACUAUUUUCCCCGGUUGGUUCCCCUGUCAUUUUACCGGCCCGCCGUUUAGGCUAACAUUUCCACCAGGAUUUUAUAUUGAAAGAGCGAUUCACAUCCACGUCCAAGUUCACACUGAUUGGACCAUUCGCGGCAAUGGUACCAUGGCAUAUGGUAACACGGUUAGCACUGGUCAGAUCUAUUUCGACGAGCAGCUCGAAAAGAAGAUAAUGGCUCUAGAGCCUUAUGCAUCUCAUACUGAGAUUAACCGCACGACCAAUGCCAAUGACAGUGUUUUCAGUGAAGACACGGAUGGUGGCUACAGCCCUGUGAUCUCGGUUGUUCCCAUUGAUGGUAAUGAUUUGAGCAAGGGUAUGGUGGGAUACAUUACCGUUGGCGUGGAUCCCACCGCCAUUGAGACCGAUCUGUAG